AUGCCUGCGCCUCGCGGCUCUCGCGGUGCCGCGCGAGGUGCCCGCGGCGGUAGUGCCAGAGGCGGGCGAGCGGCGGCGGCGGCAGCAGCAGCAGCAGCUGAGUCUAGAGAAGGAAAUGAUGGCAACGGCCCGGCCUCAGCAACAGUCAUAGACUCAACGCCAGAGUCAAGCGCGGCAAACACGCCAGUAACAUCACGGCCAUCGACACCCAGCAUAGCAGCAGCAGCAGCGGGUAGUGCUGGUGCUGGUGGGCCGGCUUCAGGGACGAGCAUACCGGCGACCAGAGGCGGCCUCUCGCGCUUCCGGCCCAAGAAUGUCCGCCGCGACGCCGACGAGCGCAAGAAGCUCGAGGAGCAGAGGAACCGGGACCUGGCGGCCAAGAUCAAGGUCGAGGAGCGGGAGCUGGCCAAGGAGGAGCGCAGGGCGCGCAGAGGGCGCGGCAGAGGCGAUGCCAUGAGCCAGCGUGGCACUAUGCGGAGAAACGGUGCUGCUAGUGGGCCGUUCUCCGCGAUGCCUCAGGAAAACAUCAAAGGCGGCGGCUCGAGCGCCUGGGGAUGGAGCGGUGCUCCAGGUGGCGGACGGGGUGGUGGCAGGGGCGGAUUCGGCGGACGUGGCGGGUUCGGAGGCGAGCGCACUGACGAGCAGCGGUACAGGCCUCGGCGCGAGCACGAGGCUCGCGUCAACGUCGAGGUGCUCAGCGGCUUUUUCGAGGACGACGAGGGAAAGACUGUGUACUACGAGUCGCGCUCGAACGGGGCGCACCCGGUCGGCCUGUUCCGCACGGAGCACGAGGAAGAGAUUGUCAAGGUCGCCACGACGGCCGAGCUCGAGGCCGAGGAGCAGGAGUCUGACGACGAUGGCGACUUGUUUGUGCCCGGCGCAGUGCCCACCAGCGGCGAGGCUGGUAUUGGAAUGGCGGACGACAAUGAAGUCUGGCAUGCCGCACCAACGGGGGCGGCAGCAGGCUCGUCAUCAGCAGUGGCUGUCAAACCUGAGCCCGGCACCGAGGCAGAGGCGAUGGACGUCGACAUGGCCGACAUUCCCGAGGCGACGGCGGCACAGAUCAAGCCCCCGCCAUCGCCAGAACUCGCCAAGAAGAAGGCCGCGCUUGCAACCAUGACAGACCCGAGCAAGGAGAAGAAGCGCGAAAAGGCGCUACAGGACCCAGAGGUGCAGCACCAGAUGUACGACAUGCAGACGUUACUGCACGAGCUCAGCUUCCACGAUCCCACCGUUUCCUCCAGCGACGAUGACAACAACGGCGAAGAGGAAGGACAAGAAGGCGGUGGCGGCGAGGACACAAAGCCCAACGGCCAGGACAAGGAAGGCAGGCUGUACCUGUUCCAGUUCCCGCCGGUCUUGCCGCCGCUCGUCAAGCCCAACGCCGACGGCACCAUCGACACAGCACCAAUCGACGUGGACCACAGCAACGCAGCCACCCCUUCGUCAUCAUCAACAACGCCGGCAAAGGUCAAGACCGAGGACGGUGGCGGCGACGAGGCCAACCCGCCGGAGGCCGAGCAGCCCUUCCCGCCCGAGGGCGGUUACAUCGGCAAGCUCGUCGUGCGCAAGAGCGGCAAGGUCUCGCUCGACUGGGGCGGCACGCGCCUCGACCUGGGCAUGGCGACCGAGACCGACUUCCUCACGUCGUCCAUCAUGCUCGAGACCAAGGACCACCCGGAGCAGGCCGACAUGGUUGUCGGGCACGCCGCGGGCAUGGGCCAGGUCAUGGGCAAGUUUGUCCUCACGCCCGUGUGGGAUGAGGAGGAUGACUGGAAUCCGAGCCUCGAGGGGAUCAUGGAUGUGGCUGAGGGCGGAGCGGGACACUAUGAUGAUGACAAUGGCGUCGACGUAGAGCAAAGGUAG